AAUAAGAAAUGAAAUUUGGGAGAAUAUAAAUAUUAAAUGCAUCGGGGUAAUGAUUCUCUCCCGUCUCCCCGUCCUUCCUCCCAACCGUAACCAUCGGUCGAGUCUCCCCAAUGGAAAGUAGCAGUAGCAAUGGGCGGGGAAAGAUCGAGCAAGAAGUGGUUGAUUUCUAUUUGGCAAACAAAAAGAGGAAGCACGCUCUCAGGCAGGCAAUGGAGCGCCCCCAUCCACCUCCGCGGAUUAGACAGAUUAUAUCCGAGAAGAGGGAAGAGCGCCGGCGGCGCCGCCGUGCACAAUCUUGCCCGCCCACAAGUUCCGACGCCUCUCCAGCGAAUCGAAUGAGAAGAUUCUUCAUUUUAUGCGCAAAAUCCAAUUUAGGUCAGGGAAGUAGGGUUCAAUCGGUUCUUUGCGAUCUCAUGGGUGAGAGCGCGGUUUUCAUACUCUAUGGCGCAGCGGACUGGGAAUCUAUAAACCCCCUCCAAUACGAGGGGGCAAUUAGCAUGGGGGUAGACCUGCACUCGGGCACCUUCAGGAAAUGGAUCGAAUCAGGUUUUCAUAUUUUGGAUGGUGGGGCCGACCCUGUGGCCGUGGGGGUAGCUCUCGUGAACAGCGCUGUUUCUUCCAUUAUGCCUGGACCAUACCGAGCUAAGGAUACGAAUGCUGCCACGCAAGUUGUGUAAGUGUUUAUAAGAGAUAUGAUUUAAAUGUGUGCAUAUGGCGAGUGUUUUUUAUUGUUGAAUAUUUCGGCCAGGUGGUUGGGGUUGGCAUGCAUAUGGUUAGGGUUAUUAUUAAGCUGAAUGGUGGUUAUUUUUUUUAAAGGAAUCUGGCCAAGAUAUUUAGGAUGGUAACAUGGAAUUAUUUUGUGGUGUUUUAGGCAGUUAUUUUCUGCCAUGUGGGCAGGAGAUGUUUA